AUGGAAGGAAUCACAACGACUGUAAGAGAAGGCUUUGUCAGCAGAAAUGACGAGAACACGAGAGUGCUUCAGUUGGAUGAGAAGCAAUGGCAACGAGUUGUCAAGGCAGACUUCAACUAUUUAGUCUCCUUGUGGGCCCCAGACGCUGACAAAGAGUCACUUCGAGUGCUCAUGGAUUUCAACAACUGGGCUUUCUUCUUCGACGACCAAUUUGACGAAGGACACCUGCAAUACGAUGUCGAGGCAGCGCAAGCAGAAUGUGAUUCCACAUUUGCCUUGUUGAGUAAUAGCCAUCCUACCUUGUCCGCUGUGGAGAACCCGUUGGGCCACAUGUUCCAGCAUACGUGGCUUUGUUUUCAGAAGAGAGCCUCACAGGACCAGCAAGAAAGAUACAAGAAAAGUGUCAAGAUAUUUCUCGAUAGCUUGGUAGACCACGUCAGAACGGCGUCACACUCGGUGGAAUUGGACCUUGAUGAAUUUCUGGACCAUCGAAGAGGAUCAAUCGGUGUCUUUCCAACACAGGACUUGGUGGAGUGGUGUUACAAUAUCAAUAUUCCAUCAUACGUCUUUGAAAACAACUCCCUAAACGAAUUGAGGAGGAUUUCAGCCGACGCUACAUUGCUUGCUAAUGACAUACUCUCGUAUACGAAAGACCUGGCUGAGGGCUGUGUGCAUAACGCUAUUCUGAUCUUGGGGAAAAAAGGCCUUUCAGAACAACAAGCUGUGGACACUCUUGGGGUUCUGUUCACACAGCUCUACAAGGACUGGUAUCGGGCAAUUGCGGAAAUGCCGAUAUGGGGAGAGCAUGUUGACAGAGAGGUGUUCAAGUACAUCGAAGUGCUGCAGCGCGUUCCCAUCGGCAACAUCUACUGGAGCUUUCGGACGGGUCGGUACCUGCAGGGCAAAGGAGAGACUGUCCGCAAAACACGCAUCAUGGCAAUCCCAGUCUAA